CGUCUUUGUUUUGGUUUUCCUGGUAGCAACUUUAGGAGGAGCAGUUGUGGUCGUGUACUUCUGCCACAUAGUCACACUGUUCCACGGUCCAGUCUGCGGUGACAGUGGUAGUCAACGGUUUAACAGGCCUUGUUGCCAUGGCUAAAGACCCGUUAGCUGAGGCAGGCUUUUAUUUUGAUGAACUCAACAAGCUUCGGGUACUGGAGCCUGAUGUCAGCCAGAAAACAUCAGAGCUUAAAGAAGAGUGUAAAGAAUUUGUGGACAAAAUUGGCCAGUUUCAGAGGAUAGUCGGAGGUCUCAUUGAGCUGGUGGAUGAAUUGGCAAAAGAAGCAGAGACAGAAAAGAUGAAGGCCAUUGGGGCGAGAAACCUGCUGAAGUCGGUGGCAAAGCAAAGGGAGGCCCAACAGCAGCAGCUUCAGGCUCUGAUUGCAGAGAAAAAGAUGCAACUUGAAAGAUAUCGUAUUGAGUAUGAGGCCUUGUCCAAAGUGGAGUCUGAGCAGAAUGAGUUCAUCGACCAGUUUAUUCUGCAGAAAUAAAUGACGUGACUGAAAAAUGGCGUGAAAUGUGCGACUCUUGCAACAAAGUUUCCAGAGUGCCUGUCCUGUUUUCUCUGCCUGUUCAGAGAAUGUCUCAGCUGCAAUUCCUUUUCUGAAGCAAUCCCAAAGCUCCGGUUUCACCCCCCAACAUCUUUCCAUCUUUGAUGAGAUCACCUAAUUCCUAAUGUUUGUGAAGCUACAGCCUGUUGUCUGCUGUAGUUGUCUGAUCAGAAGGUGAGGAUUCAUGAGCUUGAAUAUAUUUAACAUUAUGUUCACAUAAAAAUAUCCUGAAGAUGGAGCUAUUUAUACAAAGGAAUGUUAUUUAUACUAUUUAUACUGAAGUACUCUGUAUAUCUAGUUUUAUUACAUUUUGUAUCAAUUAAAAUACUGCAUGUGCAUGCAUGUGUAAAUACCUUUUGGUUUUUUAAAUAGGAGGAAAAAACUUGAUAUGACCAUCUGUGUUAUGUUUAUUAAUUUUAUGGCAUUGUUCUGGUACAACCAGUGUGUGGGCACAUCUCAUAAGGAAUACAUUCUCAAGUGUUUCACCAGAUUUGUGUGAUAUUGUCUGUUGUUGGAAUAAUUUACAGGAUUAUUACUUGAAUUAAAACUGUACAUUGCAAAUAUG